AUGGUGCCGCAUGCGGGCGCGCAAUGGGCGCACAAGGUUCGGAGCAAGAGGAUCAGGGCGGAGUGGAGCGUGGAGAAUUCGGUGGACUCCAUGCAAUGGCAGUCCCCGACGGACUGGGGGCCCAAGAGGGAUGGAGCUGCAGCAGCUAGUACUGGCGGCCUUGGUACGGGGGUGUUCGGCUCGAACGGGAUGGGAUUGCGCACGGGAACUGGGAGAUCAGUCAUGGGAGGUGCGCCGGCAUCCCCGGCCAAUGUAUCAGCAGCUAGCAUCGCACCCCGCCAGGGUGCGCGCACGGGCGUAGGCAGGUUAGACCUAGGAGGUGCGCCAAUGUCCCCGACUUCUUUGUCCAGGGGGACGUGCGGAACAACGAUUGCGCUUGUAUCCCCGACGACUGUGACGGCAGCCGGUAUGGCCACUCGCACAGGUGCGAACCAACCGCGUUCGCCGCUUGCAAUGCCCAAGUUAUUCCGAUAGGCACGGCCCCAGCACCCCAGACCAUAGGCACCAGUGGAGGAGCGGGUGAGAAGAGAGCGGCGGGAUCACCUCUACAUGAGGACCUGAACUCAUCCCUGGAGCACGAGAGCAACACACAGUCUUGGGCUGCCGACCCCAGCAUGUCGCCCAGCGUUUCGACGGGGGGGAGGCGAAAAGGCCAGCUGACUGGAGAAGUCAUAACAUGCCACGGAUGUAGGACGAAAUAUCCCAGGCAAGGCAUUAAAAAUGCUUGCGGAGAUUCGGCAUGCUGCUAUUGGCUGUGCGAAAACUGCUUGGAACGAUGGACGGAACAGUCUGUCUGGACGUGAUGGAUUUCAGUGAUUCCUACAUUAUGGAAACCUGUGGUGCCCGUGCAAAAAGCGGACAAGGGUCAGGACAGGCCCCGU